CGGGUGGUUUGAUGUUUCCUGUUGAGUAAUCUGGACAAGGGGAAAGUACUCAAGUUACACAUGGGGAAGUGUGAGAUAAACUCCCUCUUGAUGAUUUCAGAAGUCUGAUUACUUAUUUACAACUGGGAUAAGAUCAAUGGUCAAAUAACUAGAGAAGUUCUACCAACCACUUGUCAAGGUAAGUUUUUAUUCUGCUGCCCAACCACAUUCCCACGCAUGCCUGAACCUUUGAUUUCCACACAUUUCUAAAACCUGGGAAGAAGAAGCUGCAGCAUCACCCAGGCAGGCCCCUCCUGAGUCCUGCUCACUCUCCGAGAGUUUCCCACUUGAGCUACUGUGACAUUGCCUGGUUACUCACCCCACAGAUUCCUCAGGAUUGGCUGGGACUGCAAAUAAAACACUGUUUAUCCAUAAUCAAACUGAUAAGCCACAACAUUAAGUACACACAGUGCCUCAUAGAAGAGAGUAUAAAGCAUGUGCUCUCUUUCCUCCCAGCAUUUUCAUGCUGGAGAGGAAACCUGGAGGGCACACACUGUCUCUGGACAACAAUUUAUUAAGGGAGAAAAGCUUAAAAUGGGUCUGUUGAGUUCUAAAAACCCUAAAGUCAAGCAAGCCCAAAUUCUUCUUCUGGGACUCGACUCUGCUGGGAAGUCCACUCUCCUUUACAAACUCAAGCUUGUGGAGGACACUGUGACCCUCCCAACUGUAGGUUUCAACGUGGAGAUGAUCGAGCUGGAAAAGAGUCUUUCACUCACAGUCUGGGAUGUUGGGGGGCAGCAGAAGAUGAGAACCGUGUGGGACUGUUACUGUGAGCGCACCGACGGGCUGGUGUACGUCGUGGACAGCGCAGAUAAACAGCGACUGCAAGACUCCCGGAGAGAGCUCGAGCGCAUUUUGAAAAAUGAACACAUUAAAAAUGUGCCCGUUGUUCUAUUCGCCAACAAACAGGAUGUGCCUGGAGCGCUGACCGCCGAGGACAUCACCAGAAUGUUCAGAGUGAAGAAACUUUGCUGCGACCGCAGCUGGUACGUGCAGCCCUGCUGCGCCCUCACCGGGGACGGGCUGGCGGAGGGGCUCGGGAAACUCGCCGAGUUUGUGAGAAGCCGUGUGAAAUCAAGAGCAGACACUGCAGCAUUCUUCAGGCAGAACUUAAGUCUAAGCAGUGAACGAUGGAGUUGAAAAGGUAAUGUUUUUUCUAUGUCAACUGAGAAAAGCCAGUUGCUGAGAUGGCAAACUUUUCCUGAGAUGCUAUUACACCUAAAUUAAGUUAAACAACUCAGAAUAAAAGCUGUAAAAUAUUAUUUUUGGCCAGGCACUUUAGCACUGUGGUAAUAAUAACUGCGAAUGAGAAAUUUACAAUUUUGUGCACAUUGGGUGGGUCAGAAAAAUCAUGUUUAGGACCAAUUAAAUUAUUGCUUUAUUAUUUCUAUAUGACUACUAAGUAAACUGUCUGCUAAGAGAGUCAGAAUUCUUUCAGAUUGUUUUCAGCUGUUACAGGUAUUAAAUUUCCACCACACUCCUAUAUAAUACCUGGGUGAUGUAAAAAAAAUAAACUUUAAAUUAUGGAGAGGAAAAGUUUGAUGUUACCAUCUUGUAAAUCUCAAUCUACCCACUGUAUAAAAUUUUUCUUCUGGAUUCCUGCCAGCUUUUUGAAAUCUUUUGCUGGGAACUUUAUACAAUGAAUCAAACAACAAACUCCAUGUUGUUAAUGGAACAGAGGCUGUGUUCUCCCAUAGGGAGCAGAAGUUUGUAUCUUAAAGCUCUGAGUUUAGGGCAAGGCCUGAAGUUAUAGCUCAGCGCAACCGGCAGCCCCAAGACGGGCUUCAGUAUAAUUUAGUGUAACAGUCAUUACUUGGGAACUAUGUACAGCUCACUGUACGGAUCAACAGGAACCAGAGACAGACUUUCCUCUCAGAGACCUUAAAAUUCACAGUGGACAAUGACAGAAAGCUAAACGCUAGAAUAGGGCAAUGAAUGCCAUGUGAUAUAACUGGAGAGACUCUAUCUGGCCUGGAAAAACAGGAAGUGCUUCAUGCGGGAAGUGGUAUUUAAGAGGGUUCCCAACUCCUGGGGACCCCCCAGAGGUACAGGGUGGUCACUGGAAGUUCCCAUCACUAGGAGACUCUCCAGAGACGCUGUGGGGGAGGGCAGGAGGAGUGAAGGGACUAGGGAUUGAGUUGGAACUCCCCUGAGAGGCUCAGAACUCCCCAGGAGGCCCUAGUACUGGCUCCUCCAGAAAGGCUGUUAGGCCAGAAGCAGGCCUCAGGUGUCCCCAGCAGUCCCUGGGACUCCAACUCUUAAGGUCACAGAGGAGAAUAAAGGCAUAGUAAGACAAGGGUGCCAGCCCCCAGACUCCUAUCACCGUUUCCUUCUCUUAGCCCUGAUUUGUUCAGCAAAGAUAUGAGUAGUGACUUCUGUGCUACAUGAUAGCAAUUCAAAUAAAAAAGUAGACAUACACAUAAUAAUAGUUACCACUGAUCGAAUACUUGUGUGUGUCAGGCAUUGUGCCAAACACUUUUGUACAUCUUCUCAUUUAACGUUCACAACUGCCCUGAGAGGAAUAGGUGUUACCUCAUUUUAUACGUGGGAGCACUGAGCCUGCACAAGGGCAGACAACAGUAACAUCCACAAGAAGAGAUGGGUGUUUUACUGAGGAGUGGCAGAGCCAAGUUCAAAUUUGUGUGUGUGACCUCAAGGCCUGUGCUGUGAACUACCAUGAUAUUGUUUUAUAAACUAGGUAUGGUCUCUGUCUUCAGUGAGCUUACAAGACACAAUUAAGAAUAAACCCAGGCUAAAUUAAAAAUUGCGCUACCAUAUGACCCAGCAAUCCCACAUUUGGGUAUAUAUAUCCAAAGAAAAUGAAAUCGCUGUCUCAAAGAGGCAUCUCUACUCCUGUGUUCAGUGCAGUAUUAUUUGCAACAGCCCAGGCAUGGAAACAACCCACAUGUCUGCUGAUGGAUGAA